AUGUUUGAAAAUUUAAAAGCUUUUAUUAGACAUGGUAAACAAGCAAAUGAUUUAAAACAUAAUAGUAAAAAGGAUCAAAAUUAUACUACUUUUUCACCAUCUGUGAAUGACGGUAAUCAAUAUAAACACCAACAGCAACCGCAACAACAGCAACAACAGCAACAGCAACAACAGCAACAACAACAACAACAACAACAAGAUUUCAUACCUGGUUACGACAAUAAUAUUAAUUACCAUCAGAAUAAUAUGUAUCAAAAUUUUGAUUAUUCUACAUCGGAUACUACUUUAAAUGAUAAUUUUACAAAUACUACUAGUAAUCAAGAUUAUAAUCAUCAAAUUGCUUCAAAAAUAGUUGAAGAAGAAAAUUUGCAAAAACAAACAGCAAAAAAAUAUCCUGGUUUACAUAAUUAUCAAAUCUUGGAUCAAAUGGGUGAAGGUGCGUUUUCAGUAGUUUAUAAAGCAAAAUAUUUACCAACUGGUAAAGAAGUUGCCAUUAAAAUUUUAAGAAAAUUUCAAAUGGAUAACUCUCAAAAACAAGCUAUUUUAAAAGAAGUUACUAUAAUGAGACAAUUGAAUCAUAAAAAUACUGUUAAAUUUAUUGAAUUUAUUGAUUCUGCAAGUUAUUAUUAUAUUGUUCAAGAAUUAGUUUCUGGUGGAGAAAUUUUUACAAUGAUUGUUAAAUAUACUUAUUUAUCAGAAGAUUUGUCAAGAUGGAUUAUAGUUCAAGUAGCUCAAGCAAUUAGAUAUUUACAUGAAGAAGUUGGAAUUGUUCAUAGAGAUAUUAAACCAGAAAAUUUAUUAUUUGAACCAAUUGAAUUUAAACCAAGUUCAAAUCCAAUUAGUAAAUUAAGAAAAAGUGAUGAUCCAAAUCAGAAAAAAGAUGAAGGCGAUUUUAUUCCUGGAUAUGGUGGUGGUGGAAUUGGAAUUGUUAAAUUGGCUGAUUUUGGUUUAUCAAAACAAAUUUGGGAACAUAAUACAAAAACUCCAUGUGGUACUGUUGGUUAUACAGCACCAGAAAUAGUUAGAGAUGAAAGAUAUUCAAAAGAAGUUGAUAUGUGGGCAAUUGGUUGUGUUUUAUAUACUUUAUUAUGUGGUUUCCCCCCAUUUUAUGAUGAAAGAAUUGAAACAUUAACUGAAAAAGUUGCAAAGGGUCAAUUUACAUUCUUACAACCAUGGUGGGAUGAGAUUAGUGAUGCAGCAAAACAUUGUGUUUCAAAAUUAUUAACAGUAGAUCCAAGAAAAAGAUAUACAAUUGAUGAAUUUUUACAAGACCCAUGGAUUAAACAAGAAAGCUUAUAUAAAAUACCACAACAACCAAUUAAGAAAACUGCAACAUCUCAAUUAUCACAUCCAAUACAAUCACAUAAUAUUUCAUCAAGUAAUAGAUAUUCAAAGAAGUAUAAAAAUAAUAAUAAUACAACAAAUCAAGAUUUAUAUUCACCUGCAGCUGUAGCAUUAAGAGAUGCAUUUGAUGUAUCAACAGCAGUACAUAGAAUGGGAGAAGAAGCAGCAUUAGCUUAUAAUAAAAUACCACCAACAAUAGAAGACUUGGUAGAAGAAGAAGAAGAAGAAGAAGAAGAAGAAGAAGAAGAAGAAGAAGAAGAAGAUUCACAAGGUCAUGUAUUACAAUCUCAUAUACCAAGAUCAGCCCAAAGAUCAAAUAUAAAUCAACAUAGUAGACAUAUAAAAGCACAAGCAUCAAAAGCAUUUGAUUUGAAUUUAGGAGGUGCAUCAAUAAUAGAAAGAAGGAAGAAUAAGAUACCAAUUCAAACUAGUUAG